CCACUCUUUCUUUCUUUCCCCUCGAAAAAUAUCAAAAACGCGGAGACGUUUUAGCAAAUCAACAGCAAAAGAAAAGAAAAGAAAAGAAAAAGAAAAGAGGGAAAGAGGGAAAAGAUCAUGUCAGCGGAGGCCGCCCCGAUCUCCCGCCUCCGCCGCCCCGAUCGCCGCCGCAUCAGCCGCCGCCGCCUCCGCCGUUCGCUCUCCCUCGAGCUCGACCCUCCCCCCUGCUGCUGCUGCUCCUCCUCCCCCUCCCCUAGCCACCAGCGCCGCCGCGCGUUCGAUCUCUACGAUUCCGACGACGACCUGACGCUGCCCGUCCGCGAUCCGAUGGCCGCCGCCGCCGAUCGAACCGGAGCCCCGAGCGGCGACGUGGCUUCCGAUCCCGACUCCGGCGAUCUGCUGCGGAAGCUCGGCGGCGGGAGCGGCUCUGGCGUGGAUCUGUCCGCCGAGCGUCCGCGGUUCGCGGGGGACGCGGAUUCGGUGUCGGAAGAGGUAAAUAGGUUGGAUUUUGGGGUGAUUGAUGGGGAUGAUGACGCCUGUAUGAAUAAUGUGGAUGUAGAUUUAGGGAUCGGGUUGGGGUUCGGCGUGGGUGGGGACGAGGAUGGUGGACUUGUGGACGAGGAUUGUUGUGAAGAUGAGUUUUUUAUGGAGGCUGGGGAUUCUGGGUUGGAUUUCUGUGAAGCAGGGUUGACAGUUUGUGAAAUGGAGCAGUGUUGGAGUGGCAUUCGUGAUGUCGGGUUCGAUUCUGAUUUGGAGUUGGAGGAUGAAUUGGGGGUUUGUGGAGGUUCGGAGGAUGAAUUGAGUUUGGAUCACGUGAUCGAUGAGGAUGACUACUUUAGUAGUGUUCCUUUGUGUUGGGACGACUCCCUUCCAUUGGAAGUGGAUGACGGAGAGGUCGAGGAUCUCGAUUUGGAGUGGGAGGAAGUCGAGAGUUGCGUCGAUGAUAGAGAGGUAUUGAGCUUAUUUGGCGAUCCUCUCAAUGAUGAUGGGUCCAUUUCUGUAUCUUCUACGCCUAUUAUUGCAGGUGAAGACGAGGAAGAUGUGAGUGUCGAAGUAGUUGGAGGUUUUGGGAACUUGGAAUGGGAGGUUUUGUUGAAUUCAGAUAAUUUAGUAGCAACAGCAGGAUUGGAGCAUGAGCUGGAAACUUACUUUGAUGAUGAUGAUGAUUACUUAUAUUCUGAAGAAUAUGAGAGCAUGUUUGGUCAGUUUACUGAGAAUGAGAGUUCUUUGGUGGGAGGAUCCCCGGCUUCUGAAUCAGUGAUCCAGAAUCUACCGAAGUUGGCUUUGACUCGAGAGGAUGUGGAUGGAAAGGACAGGCUUUGUCCGGUCUGCAAGGAUGAAUUUACGGCUGGGGACAUUGCAACGCAGCUGCCUUGCAGCCAUGGAUACCACACCGAUUGUAUCGUGACGUGGCUGCGCGUGAGGAAUACAUGUCCUGUUUGUCGUUAUGAAUUACCUGCUGGUGGUGCGGUAUCGUAAGCGGGGGAAGGACCCGGAGAGCACGAAUUGGCCUCUAAUCACGAGUCGAGGGCGACAUUGUUCUGUAGAAGUCCGGAAUGAGUAGUAAGUUGUGUAAAAAUGUAGAUAGUGGCAUCAGAGAGACCCUAUCAUCUUUUACUUGUAGCAAGGAUGAUUGAAUUCUUUAGAAGUUCACAUUUUUUGGUAAGGGCAAAAGGGAGUUUUAUUCCUCAAGAACCCAAAUUAUUAACUGUUGGGAGAAUAAAACUAAAGCUUGUUGU